AUGAUUCUCGCUACAAAGCUGGGCAUCCUAGCCACAAGCGUGGCAUUAUUAGCUUGUUUGAAGGGCUAUUUCUCUAGAAGAAAGCUACCCCCUGGCCCCAGAGGCUGGCCCGUCAUUGGGAACUUGUUCGACUUAUUGCCUGAUGGCCAACAUCCGGGUGAAUUCUACGCCAGAUACAAGGCACUCUACGGUCCUCUUAGCUCUCUUACGGUCUUCGGCCAACCCAUAAUAAUAGUCAACGAUCGCAAAACAGCCGCUCAACUCUUCGAUAAGUCGGCGAAACACUCGUCUCGCCCGCAAUCGGUUUUUGCAGAUGGCCUAUGCGGAUAUGGCAAGUCGAUCCCACGUCAGAAUAACACACCUCUUCUGCGGGCAUAUCGUCGAGCCACGGCACAGGUUAUCGGGACGAAGUCGUCAGCUGCGAAAUUUGAUCACCAUUUAGAGAAUGAGUUCCGGCGGUUGCUGUGGCGUAUUCAGCAGGAUCCUGAUGGUCUGUUAGAUCAUUGUCGGAUCGCUACUGGAUCUUUCGUCUUGAAAAUCACUUAUGGAUAUAACGUGGAUCCACACCAGAAGGACUCUCUGAUCGAUCUUGCCGACUUGGUGUUGAAGCAGUUCUCUGAGGCCAUCACGCCCGGGAAAUUCCUUGUUGAUUUGAUCCCAGCUUUGCAACACUUACCCGAAUGGGUACCAGGCACCGGGUUCAAAAAGAUUGCACGCUUUAACAAAGAGACGAUCCUAAAGCUCACAAACUACCCGUUCGAAUUCACCAAGUGGCAGAUGAGACAUAAAGAAAACAAGCCGUCAUUCGUCUCGGAAAGUAUCAAGCAUGGAGAGGAUGCUGAAAUUACAAAAUGGGCAGCCGGCGCAAUCUACGGCGCAGGAACAGAUACGACGGUUGGCUUGAUUGAGGGAUUCUUCCUCGCAAUGAUGAAUUUCCCAGGCGUUCAACGCAAAGCACAAGCCGAACUCGACCGAGUAAUUGGUGAAGACCGAUUCCCGUCAGUAGCCGAUCGACCAAACCUCCCAUACAUUGAUGGGGUCCUCAAAGAGACUAUGCGUUGGCAUACUGUGGCCGUAAUGACACCGCGCAAGUCCGACGAGGACGAAGUGAUCAAUGGAUACCUAGUACCCAGGGGCGCCAUUCUAAUGGCCAAUAUCUGGGCAAUGAACAACGACCCUGAAAUCUACCCCAACCCCUCCGACUUCCGACCCGAGCGCUACCUACCCGCCGAGGGACAGGAAAUUGCCCCUGACCCACACGAUAAUACCUUCGGAUUCGGCCGUCGCAUCUGCCCUGGUCGCAUUACCGCCGAAACAUCUAUCUUCCUAGCCAUCGUGCACACGCUCUUCGCCUUCGAUAUCAAAAAGCCCGUCGGGGAAGAUGGAAACGUGCUCGAGUCCGAGCUACGCCCCACGCCGGAAUUUAUUAGCCACCCGGCACCAUACAAGUGUUCGCUGACGGUCCGGAGUCCCAGGCGUGAGCAGCUGAUGCUGGGUUUUAUGCGAGAGCAUCCAUUUGAGCCGAGUGAUGCGGGAAAAUUGCAGAAGGCUGUGAAGGCUGUCUCAGUACUUGAGAAUUCUUAG